UAGCUCAAUUUAAAUUACAAUAAUGUCUGAUAUAAAGAGUGUUUUGUCUCUAUUAUGUCAGCAUUUAAAUUUCUCAAUCAACAUCGUGAUGAAACCUGAAUAUUUUAGGCUGGCAAAAUUUAAUAGCACGGCAGAAAAUGUCACUAGAACGUUUUGGACAGCACUGAAUGUCUUAAGCUAUUAUGCUGUAAAAGAAAAACAAAUCAAAAUUGAUUUUCAAAAAUAUGAUACAAUAUGGGCUACCAAAUUGUGUUUUGCAUAUUUACGAUACCCUGCAAUAGAGUUUUAUGCUUUAAGCGAGAGUAGUAAAAAUAACAGACCAUUAUUAUUAGCAUUUGCAUGGCUUCUUGGAACACAAGAUAUUCUAAGUGUUAUCACUCACAUAAAUCUGUCUAAUAGUGUGCUAGGAAGAGAAUGUUCACGGUUGAAUAGCAUACAGAAGAAGGAAAUACAGUAUAAUAUACCAGAGACAUUCAGUGCACAGAUAAAUAAUAUAUUGUACUUAAAUGGUAAAGUAAAUUAUAAUAUAAAAGAGAUAUCUGAACUGAUUUCUGAGAAGGCUAAGUUAAUAAGCAAAAUUCAUACUGCGAGUGUUGAAGUUUGUGGUCUUCCACAUCUAAGUGUAUCAGAGACAGCAUUGGUAAAACGUAUCUCAGCUACCAAUAAAAAUGCACUUUCCAAUGAAGACAAAAAAUAUAUAAAAGAAUUAUCAACUAUUGCUAGUUUAUUAGAUAUACAUAUGAAGUGGUCUAAAAAGAAACAUAUAUUUUUUGAAUGGAUGGUAACAGUAGUUCAAGAACAUAAUAAAUCACUGAACACCAGCUUUGCAGGUAUAGAUUGGAAUGAAGUUUCAAAGUUUAUUUCUUUGUUAUGUUCUGUGACUGAAGAAAAGCUUGAAGCUUUAUCAUCUAAAGAAGAAACUAUUAAUUCUCAAGACUAUGAACCCAAAUGCAUUUCGCGUUUAUUAAGGGUCCAAGGUAAUAACACAGAAAUAGAAAGGUGGCUAGUAAAAAUUUCUGGUGACCUGACCAAAAAAACAGAAGAUUUAGACAAAAGGAAAGAGGAACUUUCUGAGAAACUAAAAGAAAUAUUACAGUCAAUCCCCCAUUGUGUUGAAGUCUCAUUUUUAUAGUAAAAUAAAAAUCAAUACCUUUUUAUCAUUUGAAUAUCUUAAAUUUAUGGUAUAAA